AGCCUUCCACUUUUCUCUCCGUGUAGGGUAAAUAAAACCACCACCGGCGACCUACCACGCCAGCCACCCAAACGUCAUCAUCUAUAAAUCCCCUUCCAUUUUCCCACCGCCGACUUCACCUCCAAUCCUCUCCUCCCGUCAUUCCCUCCCCCAGAUCUCUUCUCUCCCCACUUUCUCCUCCGCCGUCCCACCUGCCUCCGCCGCCAUGGACUCCGUGGCCUCCUGGGGUCUCGCCCCGCUCGAUGCCGUCGACCCGGAGAUCCACGACCUGAUCGAGCGCGAGAAACGCCGGCAGUGCCGCGGCAUCGAGCUCAUCGCCUCCGAGAACUUCACCUCCUUCGCCGUCAUUGAGGCCCUCGGCAGCGCCCUCACCAACAAGUACUCCGAGGGCAUGCCCGGCAACCGAUACUACGGUGGCAACGAGUUCAUCGACGAGAUCGAGAACCUCUGCCGCGCCCGCGCCCUCGCCGCCUUCCACCUCGACCCCGCCCGCUGGGGCGUCAACGUCCAGCCGUACUCCGGCAGCCCUGCCAACUUCGCCGCCUACACCGCCCUCCUCAACCCCCACGACCGCAUCAUGGGCCUCGACCUCCCAUCCGGCGGCCACCUCACCCACGGCUACUACACCUCUGGCGGCAAGAAGAUCUCUGCUACCUCCAUCUACUUCGAGAGCCUGCCUUACAAGGUUAGCCCCGUCACCGGCUACAUCGACUAUGAUAAGCUCGAGGAGAAGGCCCUCGACUUCCGCCCCAAGCUCAUCAUCUGCGGUGGGAGCGCCUACCCGAGGGACUGGGACUAUGCCCGGUUCCGAUCCAUUGCUGACAAGUGCGGCGCCCUCCUGCUCUGUGACAUGGCUCACAUUAGUGGCCUCGUUGCCGCUCAGGAAGCUGCAGACCCAUUUGAAUUCUGUGAUGUGGUCACAACCACCACUCACAAAAGUCUUAGAGGGCCAAGGUCUGGCAUGAUAUUCUACAGGAAGGGCCCUAAGCCACCCAAGAAGGGCCAGCCAGAAGAUGCUGUAUAUGAUUUUGAAGAUAAGAUCAACUUUUCAGUGUUUCCAUCUCUCCAAGGUGGUCCUCACAAUCACCAAAUUGCUGCUUUGGCUGUAGCCCUGAAACAGGCCAUGUUACCUGGGUUCAAGUCCUAUGCCAAGCAGGUCAAAGCCAACGCUGUUGCCCUUGGAAAUUAUCUGAUGAACAAGGGCUACAAGAUGGUGACCAAUGGGACCGAGAACCACCUUGUUCUCUGGGAUCUUCGGCCUCUUGGCUUGACUGGAAACAAGGUUGAGAAGCUUUGCGACCUUUGCAACAUUACAGUGAAUAAAAAUGCUGUGUUCGGAGACAGCAGUGCAUUGGCUCCUGGUGGUGUUCGGAUAGGUACUCCUGCCAUGACUUCGAGGGGUCUGGUUGAGAAGGACUUUGAGCAGAUUGCAGAGUUCCUUCACCAGGCUGUGACCAUUUGCUUGAGCAUUCAGAAAGAGUAUGGGAAGCUUCUGAAGGACUUCAACAAGGGUUUAGUGAACAACAAAGAUAUCGAGAACCUCAAAGCAGAGGUUGAGAAGUUCUCAUCUUCCUUUGACAUGCCUGGUUUUCAGAUGUCUGAGAUGAAGUACAAGGACUAGGCCCAACAUCAUGAUUGGCACAAUGCUCUGUGCACAUUACAUCAUGCUUCUUGUUGCUCCAAAUUUGCUUUUGAUUUGCUUGUCUAUCUUGGCAGUUACUUCAGCUAUCUUUUCUUUUUUAUUUUGUUUUUCUAUUUCCUUUUUUCCUCUUUAGAUGUGCCUAUGGAAAGACAGCAUAUAGUUCAAUCACUGGAAGAUAUUCCAUACUGUAGUGCUAAUGCAUUCUUUCCUGAGUAAUAAACUUGAAAGCAAUGGCCAGUGGCUUUUUGCUGCAAAGCGUGAGGCACUGAAAACAUAUGAAAGAUGUUUUAUUGAAAUUGUUGACUAUCAAUUUCUGAGAGGUUCAUAUCAAUCUACUGGAUCUAUUAUUGAUUUCA